AUGAAAGGAGACCCACGCCGACCCAGCAACGUGAUCUAUUACAAGCAGACAAUUGACGAGAAGAAAGAGACGCCGCCUGACUAUUACCACUUUAUCGCAGUGCUCUUCGCUAUGUUUGGCUUCAUGUUCAAAUCCAAAUGGGGAGGGUGGCUCGCCCUGCUGACUUUCUGCUGCGGAUUCACCAGUGCGAGGUCACAGACUACAGAUUACGGCCAGCUGAUCACAACUUUUAGCAUGAUAAUUGUGAGUUUGGUGACCAACUAUAUGUGGAUUUUCAAGUCAUAA